CAGAGCCAGGGUAGCGAGAAGGCGUGAGACCCAGGAGCAGAACAAAUCUGACCCCAAACAAAGGACUUCAGCAGAAUCUCAGAUCCUAAGGCCACUCCUGCUACAUACCCAACAUAUCCUGCCAUCAGGACCCUCAAAGGAUGGCUGACUCCCAGACGCAAGUGGCUCCUCCACCCACCAUCCCAAUGAUGACUGCAGAGGACUUGUCCCUCCCUCCUCCUCCAGCCCCAGAGGAUCUGCCACCACCACCACCAAAGGAGUCCUUCUCGAAGUUCCACCAGCAGCGGCAAGCCAGUGAACUGCGCCGUCUCUACAAACACAUCCACCCCGAGCUCCGCAAGAAUCUGGAGGAGGCUGUGGCUGAGGAUCUGGCAGAAGUGCUGGGCUCAGAAGAGCCCACUGAGGGCGAUGUUCAAUGCAUGCGCUGGAUCUUUGAGAACUGGCGGCUGGAUGCCAUUGGCGACCAUGAGAGGCCAGCUGCCAAGGAACCUGUGUCAGGUGGUGACGUCCAAGGCACCUCUCGAAGGUUUGAAGAAGGUUCUUUUACCAACAGCACAGACAGAGAGCCAGCUGGACCCCGGCCGUCGGGAGGUGACGUUCAAGCGGCCAGACAGCUGUUUGAGACCAAGCCACUGGAUGCACUGACAGGCCAGGAGGAGGCAACAAAGGCGACUGUGAAGGAACCUUCAGCCAGUGGAGAUGUGCAGGGUACCAGAAUGCUCUUUGAGACACGGCCACUGGACCGGCUGGGCUCUCGCCCCUCCAUCCAAGAGCAAAGCCCCUUGGAGCUACGCUCAGAAAUUCAGGAGCUGAAAGGCGAUGUAAAGAAGACAGUGAAGCUGUUUCAGACAGAACCUCUGUGUGCCAUCCAGGAUGCAGAGGGUGCCAUCCAUGAAGUCAAGGCCGCCUGUCGGGAGGAGAUCCAAAGCAAUGCAGUGAGGUCAGCCCGCUGGCUCUUUGAGACCCGACCUCUGGAUGCCUUCAAUCAGGACCCCAGUCAGGUACGGGUAAUCCGGGGAAUCUCCCUUGAGGAAGGGGCUCGGCCUGACGUCAGUGCAACACGUUGGAUCUUUGAGACACAGCCUCUGGAUGCAAUCAGGGAGAUCUUAGUGGAUGAAAAGGACUUCCAGCCAUCUCCAGACCUCAUCCCUCCUGGUCCAGAUGUUCAGCAGCAGCGGCAUCUGUUUGAGACCCGAGCCCUUGACACUCUGAAGGGGGAAGAAGCAGCUGAGGCAGAGGCCCCACCCAAGGAAGCAGUGAUCCCUGGUGAUGUCCGCUCCACCCUGUGGCUAUUUGAGACAAAACCCCUGGAUGCUUUCAGAGACAACAUCCAAGUGGGUCAUCUCCAGUGGGUGGGUCACCAGGAGAGUGAGGGGCUUAUGACUGAGUGUCUAUCUAGGGAGGGCACCUCACCCUUGCCCCUGUCUCAGGAUGGCCCCCAGAAGGAUGGGAUGAAGGGGGAUGUGAAGACCUUCAAGAAUCUUUUUGAGACCCUUCCCCUAGACAGUAUUGGGCAGGGUAAGCCCUCAGUCUCUGGGAGUGCAAACAGAGCAGAAACAACUGAUUCUGUUGGGCAAUUCCAGGGUACAGGCUCCCCCGUGUAUGCCAUGCAGGACAGCAGGGGACAGCUCCAUGCCCUGACCUCUGUCAGCAGAGAGCAGAUAGUUGGAGGUGAUGUGCAAGGUUACAAGUGGAUGUUUGAGACACAGCCCCUGGACCAGCUGGGUCGAAGCCCCAGUACCAUCGAUGUGGUCCGAGGUAUCACCCGGCAGGAAGUGGUGGCUGGGGAUGUUGGCUCUGCUAGGUGGCUCUUUGAGACGCAGCCUCUGGAGAUGAUCCACAGACGAGAACAGCAGGAACGGUGGGAAGAGGCAGGGAAGGGUCAAGAAAGCCCUCCACCUGAGGGCACCCCAAAGGGUGAUGUACAGACUAUCCGGUGGUUAUUUGAGACCUGCCCCAUGAGUGAGUUGGCAGAGAGGCAAGAAUUGGAGGUCACAGAUCCUACAAGUAAGGCUGAGUCACAGUCAUGCACCUGGAUGUUCAGGCCUCAAUCUCUCGAUCAAGCAGAAGGCUGUAGGGAGCAACACCUGCAGGUCCAUCAGGUCCAGGCUGGGGAAAGACAGACAGACAGACACGUCUUUGAGACUGAACCUCUACAGGCCUCGGGCCGGCCCUAUGGGAGAAGGCCUGUACGGUACUGCAGCCGAGUGGAGAUCCCUUCGGGGCAGGUGUCUCGUCAGAAGGAGGUUUUCCAGGCACUAGAGGCUGGCAAGACAGAGACACAGGCAUCCAGAACAAGCCCUGGGCCCAUCCCCACAGGUUCUGUGCACAAAUUCACCUGGCUCUUUGAGAACUGCCCCAUGGGCUCCCUGACAGCUGACAGCAUCCAAGGAGACAACACCCAGGAAGAACAGCCCAAGAGCCCUGCAGACCACAGGACCCCAGAGAGGCAGGAGACGGCAGCCAAAAGGACCCUCAGGACUCUACACAGCACUCCUGGCAUCCUACACCAUGGAGGUAUCCUCAUGGAAGCCCGAGGACCCGGGGAACUCUGCCUGGCCAAGUAUGUGCUCCCAAGUCUAGGGCAGGGACAUCCCUACGUAAGGAAGGAGGAGCUGGUGUCUGGUGAGCUUCCCAGGAUUGUCCGCCAAGUGCUGCGCCGGCCAGAUGUGGACCAGCAGGGACUGCUGGUGCAGGAGGACACAGCUGGCCAGCUCCAGCUCCGCCCAUUAAGGCUGCCAGGUCCAGGUGACCCUGGGAAUAUUGAAGACAUGGAUCCUGAGCUCCAGCAGCUGCUGGCAUGUGGCCUUGGAGUCUCUGUGGCAAAGACUGGGCUAGUAAUGCAGGAAACAGAUCAAGGCCUAGUUGCACUGACUGCCUACUCGCUCCAGCCCCAGCUAACCAGCAGGGCCCCAGAAAGGAGCAGUGUGCAGCUGCUGGCCAGCUGCAUAGACAAAGGAGACAUGAGUAGCCUACACAGUUUGCGGUGGGAGCCACCAACUGACCCAAAUUCCAUAUCAGCCAGUGAGGAGUCCCAGAGGUGUCUCCCAACUGAAAGCAUCAUCCAUGUCCCCCCACUGGAGAUGGGUCACCUGAGAGGUUCAGGGGACACAUCCUGCCCACCCGCAGCUCGGGCCAUUGGAAAGGUGGUCUUUCCACCUGCAGGAGCUGAAGCCCCAAUACAGGAGGCAAGAAGGCAAAUAGACAGCAGUUAUGCUGGGCAAAAAGGGAAGGCAACCCCAGGAAAGUCAGAAGGAACCGCAGCUUCCUCUCUAGGGUCUGGGACCCCAGGCCUCCAGGAAGCCAUGCAAAGCCUACAGAUGGCAACCACUGAGGCCCAAAGCCUGCACCAGAAUAUUCUAAACAGGCACCUGCAGGGCUCCACCUCUGCAGCCACCCCCAUGUCUGUCCAAGAUGGUCUUCUACAAGCAUCAACUCCUGCCACUGGGGGUACCCAGGGCAACAUCAGGCUUAUAGCCAGAAGUGACACCAGGAUCCCUGCAGCCCCCAGAAAGGUCAGUGGGGACCAGAAAGCAGUCCCCAGAGGGCUAGCUGGGGGGUGGGUAACUGUGCAGGAUGGUAUCUACACUGCUCACCCUGUGAGAACCACUGAGCCACCUGGGGCUGCCCAGCCUUCUGAAAAAGAGUCCCAACCAAGGGGCCGGGAAACUAUCCUCUCCACUGAGGCUCCUAGUCCACCCCAGGCUGAUUCAGGUCAGAGUCCUGGGGUAAGCCAUCAGGAACCUGUGGGUCAUACACAGAGGGCCUGGGGACCUCAGGGGAAAAUAAUGGCCCAAAUCUGGCCAGAGGGCCUCCGAGCUGCAAAUACCACUCUGAAGACUGCCCCUCUAGCUCACCACACUCCGGCCUCAGGGCCCCAGGCUGCAGGUGCCAACCUGCACUCCCAUAAUGCCUCUGUUCCUCCCCCUCCUACUCUCCCAGCUGCUGUGACAGGACCUGACCUCCCAGCUCAAGCCCACCAUGAUGAGGACUCCAUCCAGCAGGUCUCCAAGGCCCUGAAGGACCCCCUUCUUCACACCCAUCACAGCCCUGCUGGCCAGAGAACCCCUGAAGGGUCAGAGACAAAGAGUUCCAAACCAGAGCCCACCCUGCCUCCGAGGAAGAAACCCCCAGUACCGCCCAAACCUGCACAUCUAACCCAAAUCCACCCUCCUCAGAGGCUGCUCAAACCCUCAGCUCCAUCUCCCAGCUUCUCAGAGGUACAACAAGACCACAAAUCAGGUGAGCCAGAUGCAACCAGCCCUCAGCCAGCUGAGGUUCCCAGGACAGCAAGCCAGAACUGUCAGCCUCUGACUGGAUGCUCCAGGAGACAGACCCAUCCUAACCAUCAGCACCAACUCAGCACUGUGGUCCCCAGGCCCAGCAAGGGUCAGGCAACUGGCAGCAAUGCCCAGAAUCCUGAGUCCCACAAGUCCAACACUCUCAACAGUGACUUUACCUCACUACAGAGGGACCCCAGUCCCCCAAAAGGACAGUUCAUAGAAUGUUCCAAGCAGGGGACUCCAAAGAGCCCAGAAAUUCUUCAGGGCAGUCAUCAAGAGCUCCAGGGCCUCCUGAGCCAGGUACAAGCCCUGGAGAAGGAGACUGCCCACAGUGUGGAUGUGCAGGCCCUGAGGAAGCUCUUCGAGACUGUGCCCCAGCUAGAAGGGGCUGCCCCUCAGGCGCCUGCUACCCCACAGAAGACUGACACUUCGAUGGAGCAGGCAUUUGGGGAACUGACUCGGGUGAGCACAGAGGUUGCAAGGCUGAAGGAACAGACCCUGGCCAGGCUGCUUGAUAUUGAAGAGGCUGUGCACAAGGCCCUAAGCUCCAUCUCUAGCCUCCAGCCUGAGGCUCACAAGAGGGACCAUGCCCAGAAAACUCCAGAGGAACCCAGUGCCCUCAAAGUCAGUGUCUCAGUCGGCAGCAGAGUCAGGCCCGGUUGUUCAAGCCAGGAGGUCAAAGAUCCAACUGUAGUCAAGAGCCAAGGCAAGGUUGAAAGCCAUCCUGUAGAGCAAAGUCAAGCCAAGACCAGAAAUCACACAGAGAGCAGAGAUCAGGCAGCCUCAAAUGUCCUUCCUUCCAGGAGGCUGGAGACAUCAAGAAACGAUUCUGGCCUCCAAUGCAUGUUGCCCUCUAACAGUGGCUCCCCCUCCUCCCCAACUUUCAUCUCUAUACAGUCAGCUACAAAGAAGCUUCAGGAAGCUUCCAGUACUUCAGACAGCAAUCACAUCUCAGGGAAAAGCACGCAUGCAGCUCAGGACAUAGGCCAAGCUCUGCUCCACCAGAAAGGUAUCCAGGACAACGCUGGGACAAAGGAGGUGAUCACUGAGUGCUCUAUGCCCACUGGGCAGCAAAAGAAUAUUCUGGAGUUACAGGCUGGGUCAGCUGGCUCCCAGUGCUAUGGAGCCACAAGAACAGUGACUGAACAGUAUGAGGAGGUAGACCAGUUUGGGAACGUAGUCCUCACUUCCGCUACCACCAUCACAGAGCAAGCAGAGCCACCCAGGGGCCCAGGCCCACAUCUCCGGCUCCGCACUUCUCCCUUGCUGAGGCAGUUCCUACAGAACCCCACUGGGUUCAGCAGUGGCCUGUCAGAAACAGAGAUGGCAUGGGUACCCUGCGGUCACUUCCAAUGAGCUGCCCAGUGAGCCUCUCCGUCUUCCAUCCAUCUUGGGUGACUCCCCCAGGUCAAGGACCAAGAAGCAUGGGUCUUCUGAGAGCUGUGGAGGGCUAUUUGUCUUGUGUCUUUCCAGUUCUUGCAAAAUGGACAAGAAAAGUGAAGCCCACAGAAUAAUGCAGGCAUGGGAUGGGACCUGACAGCUGCUUGUGGAGGAUGUGCAGACACACACAUGCUCCUGAUACAGGCCCAGUCCAUGCUUGCACCCAUGUGAGUCUGCACUUCAUUUCCAAGAGUUGGAGAGACUCCCCUCUACCAUGUCCCUUCACCAUUGGCCUUUAUUUCUUUUAUUAUGGAGUCUGAAGGUCUUCACCCAGCCACUUCUUAAUACCUGGUGAAGACCAGGCUUACUGGACUGGACAUGAUGCUAGUUUCUGUUAGGGAUUUGUCUGAGGGUCCCAGAAAGGCCUGGUCACCUGCCCCUUCAUCACCAGUGGUCCAAAGUUUACACAGAAAGUCCAAGCAGUCAACAACGUUCCUAGAAGCCAAAUGCAUUGUCCUCUCUACCCCUACCACCCCCACUCUGUACCCCAAAUGGGAAA